AUGACGUUCGGGGAGUCUAGCCGGUCGGUAAGCGUACCCCACAAUGACCCCCUGGUCAUCGAGCUCAAAGUGGGCAAUUCCCAGGUGAAGCGUGUGUCAGUUGAUAGUGGGUCAUCAGCUGACAUUAUCACUCUGGAGUGCCUGAAAAAGCUGAAGUAUAAUGAGAAGGAUGUCACACCCCUCGACCAGCCACUCAUAGGCUUCGAGGGUAACUUUUUCGAAACAGAUGAAGGGAAGGUCGGAAAAAUACAAGGAGAUCAGCAAGCCGGAAGAGAAUGUCAUGUUAACAGCUUGAAGCACAGAGCUGAAAUCGACGUCCAAGAGGACUCGAAGAAGAGGAAAAGAGAAGAAGGUUCACCAAAAAACCUCGGGGUAUACGUCACAGAGAACCCCCAGCAAUACGAACGACCUCAGCCAGCUGAGGAAGACGAAGAAGUAGUGAUCGGGGCAGAACCCGGUCGGACUGUGAGGGUGGGCAAGGCCCUAAACCCAGAAACAAGAGCACAAGUAGUAGAGGUGCUCCGAGAGUAUCAAGACUUGUUCGCUUAUGAAGCCUCAGAAAUGUCUGGUCUUGACCCCAAAAUUAUGUGCCAUGAACUCAACAUAAAGGAAGGGUACAAGCCAGUCAAGCAAAAACUAAGGCAUCAAGGCCCUAAAAGAUGCAAAGCUGCUGCGGUCGAGGUCAAAAAGCUACUCGAAGCAGGGUUCAUAGAAGAAUGUCAGUACUCGGAAUGGCUAGCCAACGUAGUACUGGUCAAGAAGCCGAGCAGGGCAUGGCGCAUGUGUGUGGAUUUCACAGACCUGAACAAGGCUUGUCGGAAAUAUAACCACCCUCUGCCCAAAAUUAAUAGGCUAGUCGAUUCUACGGCUGGUCAUGCCCUCUUAAGCUUCAUGGAUGCCAACGCAGGCUAUCACUAG